GUCAUUAGUAGAUCACAAUAGAGGGAGUUUCUCAAUCACAAGAGCUUGAGCUCAAACACCUUCAUCCUCUCACUGGAUUCACACUGAGAUCGAGCUGCUGAGAAACUACAGGAAUCAAACAAACACAGAAAUGAGUCCAGCACAUACAGAUCCCGAUGAUGCAGCUGCUGUACAGGAUCUGAGGAUUGUGCUGAUUGGAAAAAGUGAAGCUGGAAAGAGUUCAAUAGGAAACGUAAUACUGGGUCGAGAGGCUUUUAAAGAGAGCAGAACCAGAGAGAGUGAGAUACAGAGAGGAAGAGUAGAAGACAGAAACAUCUCCAUCAUCGACACUCCAGGAUUCUUCAACACUCACCUGACUGAUGAAGAGAUGAAGAAGCAGAUGAUGAAGAGUCUGGAUCUCUCUCAUCCUGGUCCUCACGUGUUCCUGCUCGUCAUCAGACUCGACAGAUUCACAGAAGACGUGGUGAAGAUCGUGAAAAAGAUUCACGAGCACUUUGGAAAGGAUGCCUUCAGGUUCACUAUGGUGUUGUUCACGGGGAGAGAGGCGAUGUCCAAACGAGAAUGGAUCGAAUUCAGGCUGGACAGAAAAACUAGAGAACUUCUGAGCUUUUGUGAAGAGAAAUGUGAUGUGAUCAUUCAUAAAAACAAGAGAGAUAGGAAGCAGAUCGCCAGUCUGUUGGAGAACAUUGAUGAAGUGGUGAGGAAAAACGGACGAGAACAUUAUGUUAAAGAGAUCUACCCGAAGAACAGCGAGACAAGGACAACACAAGACAGAAAAGAGAAGAUCAGUCUAGAGGAGCAAAUAACAAGCCAACCAAAGCAUCUGCUCAGACAAGAAGAGACAGAAAAUAGAGUUCAGAAAGACCAAAGAGCAACAAAUGAGAGACAAAAAGAUGGAAAUCAAAGUGACAGAAAACAUGAAACAUGUUUGAUCGACAAGGAGAAGAAAGCCACACCAGAAAAUCAGCCAAUAUUAGCGUCCGAUCUGAGGAUUGUUCUUCUUGGUAAAAAUGGAUCAGGAAAGAGUUCGACAGCAAACACCAUCCUGGGCAGAGAUGCCUUCAAAAUCAAUGCACGUUUCUCAUCAAGCCCUCAAACCUGUGAGAAACAAACAGCAGCUGUGUGUGGAAGAAACAUCUCAGUGAUCGACACUCCAGGACUGUUAGUGACGAGGGACCAGCUGAAGGCUGAGAUUGAGACGUGUGUGGAGAUGAGCUCUCCCGGUCCUCAUGUGUUUCUGCUGGUCAUCAGCCUGCAUGAGAGAUUCACAGAUGAGGAGAAAAACACAGUCAAAUGGAUUCAGGAAAAUAUUGGAGAAAAAGCUGUUCAUCGCACCAUCAUUUUGUUCACUCACGCUGAUCACCUGAAAGGUAGAUCAUUAGAUGAGUAUAUCAGAGACACUCCAGAUCUACAGACAUUCACUGAGAGUUUUGGAGGAAGAUUUCACUCAUUUAACAAUAAAGACAUGGAGAACCGCUCUCAGGUCACUGAACUUCUGGAGAAGAUUGAGAAGAUGGUGGAGAGAAAUGGAGGGAUGCACUACUACAGUGAGAGGUGUAUUACAUUUAAGGGAAAGACUGACAAGGAGGAGGAGGAGACAGUCAUAGAAAACCCAUCCAGAUGGUUGAAAGGAGUGCUUAUCUUCAUCAUUGGCGCUCUAGCGGCUGCAGCGGUUGCUCAGAGUGGCUUUGAUGGAGUAUGAACAUCUGGAACAACAGCAAAGCACUAUGAACAUAAUGCUGGAAAAUCCUCUUUUGAUUGUCUUCAGUGUUACCGAUUCUGAAAAUAAUAGUGUGGAGGAAUUUGUACUUUUCAUAAUUAUUCAGUAGGCUGGACCUAAAGACUGUAUUGUCCAUCAUACCUUACAGAAUGUUAAAAAGUUUAUGAUCUCAGACUAAAAUGUAUGCCAAAUAUUUAAUAUUCAUGUUUCAAAAUAUAAAUAUUCGUUCUGUGUGUUUAAGCAUUGCUUCAUUUUUAAAAGAAAAAAAUGUUUUAAUUUAAACUGUAUUUUGCCAUAUUCCAUAUUUAAUAUUUGUAAUUAAUAAAAAGAGCUUGUAUGUUCACUGAGAUAUGGCCUAUGUUCAUGUAGUUUAUUUAAUUACUUUUAUUUCUAAUGUGCAGUCAUAUCUACUACACUGUAAAAAUGAUAUGAUCAAUAAGUUAUGACAAGAUAUGUUUUUGCAUUGCUUUAACUCAUCAAAAUAAGUUAAGCAAUUUCCAAGUUAUACAAGAUUUAACUCAUUUUUUUAAAGUCAGUUUAAUUUAAGUUGAAAUGACUUAAUGAGUUGAUUAAGGCAGCAGCUUUUUUUUUGUUGUUUGUUUAUGUCCUUGAAAUGUGUAGUCGUUCUGAAGGAAGUUUUAUGUUUUAAUGAUUGCUCAGCUCAACACGUCACUGUCAAGCUCAACAAAUGGUCAUAGUUUCCUCUAUAUUUUUAGUAUUGAGGUCAUGCAGUGAUAAUAUUGCCUGUAUCUGAUAAAACACGGUACUUCG